GACGUACAAUUUUGCCGAUGUCUUUGAGAGGUGCGUGAGGCUUCGGUGAAUUGUCGAAGGGCGUUUUGUUUUGUUUUUUGAAUUGUGCAUCGGUGCCGAAUUUCGCCAAUCGAUCAAGAUGGCGGGUGGGAUGGACGUUGUCAAGAACAAGCACAUUGAGGACUGGGGCACGGCGCGGGAGAAUCUGGAGAAGACGUUCCGGUUCACCAGACGGAACAUCGCUGUGGCGCUCAUCUUCGGCGUCGCGGUGCCCUUCUUGACCUACCAGGGCAUCACGGGCGAAUUUCACAAGCAGGAUAUCGCUGCUGGGCAGCCUCGGCGCAAGUUUUUGGGCACUCAGUAGCCUAGUGGAUUGAUUAGAACAUGCCUUUCAUAGGGAAGGAUAGGGGUGCCUUUCCAUUUGGCUCGAAAGGAUAAUCUUCUGCAACUUCUCCAUUUACAGGCUGGUAGUAAGAUCCUUUAUUUGGUUUUAUUUUUUGGUCUUUCUCCACAACAACACAUUUGACCUCUAUGUUGUUGUUGCCAAUGCUGGAUUUAGCCAAUAAAUGAUCAGGCUUGCUCAAAAAUGAGAAAGUGGAGAUUUCUAGGUGACGCAA